CCCGCGUCCGCGUACAGGUGAGUGCGCGCGCCUGAUCCUGGCGGAGAGUGCACGAGCCGACAUGAGCCUCGGUGCGAAGCGACCGGACUGAGCUGAGCGCGAGCGGCGGAGCGGCGCGAGGAGACCUAGAUCUGGUUCUUCAGACGGACCUGCUCCAUAUGCCUCCAUGAAUGACCUCUGACCCGUGAAGCCCCGCCCCUGCAGUCCCGUCCAAUCACGCGCUUCCUCUGUUCCGUCCGUCACGAUGGUCUGCUACGAUCAAGAGAAUGUGAGUUUCUUCUACAACAUGAGCAAGAAGAACAUCAGCGAAAGGUGGCAGACUAAAGACUAUGUGAUGGUUUCUCUGGGACUGCUGGUCUGUGCUUUCGUCAUCUUCGCCAACAUCCUGGUCAUGCUGGCCAUCUUCAUGAACCGCAGGUUUCAUUACCCCAUCUACUACCUGCUGGGGAACCUGGCGGCAGCCGACCUGUUCGCAGGCAUCUCCUACAUGCACCUGAUGUUCCACACGGGCCCCUGGACCAUCAAACUGUCCGUCCAUCAGUGGUUUGUGCGGCAGGGUUUGAUCGACACCAGUCUGACGGCGUCGGUCAUUAAUCUGAUGGCCAUCGCGCUGGAGCGCCACCAGACCAUCUUCACCAUGCAGCUGCACAGUAAGAUGACCAACCACCGGGUGGUGCUGCUGAUCGUGGGCAUCUGGCUGAUCGCCAUAGUGCUGGGUUUGGUGCCCUCUAUGGGCUGGAACUGCAUCUGCGACAUCCAGCAGUGCUCCAACAUGGCUCCGCUCUACAGCCGCAGCUACCUGGUGUUCUGGGCCGUGCUCAACCUGCUGACCUUCACCGUCAUGGUGGCCGUCUACACACGCAUCUUCAUCUACGUGCGCCGCAAGACCCACCGCAUGAGCCAGCACACCUCGCAGGUCAAGCACAAGGAGACGGUGGUCAACCUGAUGAAGACCGUGGUCAUGAUCCUGGGUUGUUUCGUGGUGUGUUGGACGCCGGGGCUGGUGCUGCUCCUCCUGGAUGGUUUGUGUAAAUCCUGUGACGUCCUGACCUUCGAGAAGUUCUUCCUGGUGCUGGCCGAGUGCAACUCCUUCAUGAACCCCAUCAUCUACUCCUACCGGGACAAGGACAUGCGCGUCACCUUCAAACGCAUCCUGUGCUUCCCGUGUUUGGGGUGGCAGCAGAAGGACGAGCACUCGGGUGUGCGCUUCAACACCCUCGAGCAAGAGCGGAGACGGCGCGUGCUGCAGGAGGCGUGGGUCGCUCGUAAGGCUCGUGAUGGGGACGGCGCGCAGACUAACGGAGGACCGCUCGUGCUGAAGGACGCGGAGAACAUGCUGGACUCCACCGAGAGCUGAGGAGCGUGUAGCAGAACCAGAAGAAUCGACUCCGCCCGCUGACGACAUGCUGCGUGCUGAUUGGCCGAAUGAGCUGUCAGUCACUCUGUGUUCAUAUGAGCAUCAGAUGAAGAGACUGUGUGUGUGUGUGUGUGUGUGUGUGUGUGUGUGUGUGUGUGUGUGUGUGUGUGUGUGUGUGUGUGUGUGUGUGUGUGUGUGUGUGUGUGUGUGUGUGCGUGUGCUGUAGCUGUAGCUGUGAAUGAGUUAGCUGUAAAUAGCAUUUUAUUUAAUUAAAGUCUUACCGGCGGAGUUUAUGCAUGUUUUUGUGUUACUUGAAAACACACGUCUGAUGUCUGAUCAAACAAACAGAGAUUGUUUCUACGAUGCCAGCGUUUGAUGAAAUUGCAGCAUUUUCGAAACCACAACAAAAACCAAAACACAAACACGUUUCUUUAUUUAACAAUAUUAAAAAGGACUAAAUCAAUGUGUAGUUUUUUUUAAGUUAAAUAAACCUUGCUUCUUUUUCGUAA